UUACUUCCAAUGUUUUCAGUUUUCGUUUGCAAAUGGCGUGGCCGGUAGUGAGACGAAAGCUAACCAAUAUUUUGUUGCCUACUACGGUUUAUGGUUCUGAUCCGUGGCUUUUAAGAGUGAGACUCUUACUUAAGCUCUAGUGCAAGCCUCUCCCAAUAUCAGAGUCGAGCAGGACCUUUUCUAUGUGGAGAUAUUGGAGUGUGUUUACAGGAGGGGGCGAGAGGAUUGUACAUGUGGAAUGAAGUGUUAAGUGUUAUCAUUGAAGUAAUCUAUACACAAGACAAAAGAAAAUGCAACAUACUACUUUUGCUAUUAGUUUAAACUUAAAUGUACAUUUAAUUUGAUAAAGAAAAAAAUAACCUCUGUCAGCAAAUUUACUCAAAAUAGGGAUUAAAAUUUGUCAAAGGUGUAAUGUGUAAUGAGAGUAAUGUGGCUGGCAUUAAUGGCAUUAGUAAUAGCUAUUGAAAAGUUGAAUGCCAUGUGACUAUGCACACAUGGGUGCAGAAGAUGGGCGAGAUACUUAAAUCUGAAGACACCGUCACUAUGGAAAGUAAGCAUGGUAUUGAACUCAUGCCAGAAGGACCAUCAAACCCUCUUGAUUGUUUGUUAAAGAACAGCCAGGUUUCUACGCUGACUUGUCCUCCUGUUGUGCCACACCAGGAGUCUUGUGUCUUGCCUGAAGAUAAGAAUGUGAUAAGGCCUGUUACUAAUCUACAGAAUGCUAAUGUAUGCCUUCCAAUUCUCAAACUUCAUAGACUGCAAGCAAAAGACUUUAGACGUUUUAAAGACAUUGCUAAAGCAGGAAUCAAUAAAGAAUGUGCUAAAGCCUUACGUAAUGAACUGCAGCGUUUCAGGAGGAAUGCAAGGAGGAGAGAUAAUCGGAAGUUUGGCAAAGCUGGACCAAAACACACGAAACUUGGUUUUAAAAGAAAAAAAAUAUUUUCUGAAGAUUUUGGGAGAAAUGAUACUAACGAUGAGUGGUUUCUGUCAAGACACCCACUGUCACAUAGCCAUAAGAAAUCGGUGAUAAAGUGCCCCCGGCCAGCAACAAAUGGCUCAAUCACAGAUAGGGUGGCUUCGAAAAAGAACAAAGUGGCUGAAAUGAAAGGGCAGAGACUCUACUGUGUGUGUCGGCAGCCAAAUGAUAAGUCAAGGAUGAUGGUCCAGUGUGACUGUUGUAAGAAAUGGUUUCACCCUCAGUGUAUGAAUGUUGGUGAAGAAGAGGUACAGGCGCUGGCAGAGUGGCACUGCACUCGUUGUUCUCACUUAUUCACCCACAAGUCCCCACUCUCUCACAAACAUCUAGAGGAAAGAAAGUGCUUGCCAGCCAAAAAGGCAAGAUUACACCUACCAUACCAGGAUUGGCAGCAUUGUGGCGUACAUUCCUCUUCCUCUGUGGCCGACCCCAGAGUGCCUCCACUCGACCCACAAGUAUCAACGGUGUUAUCAUACCAACAUCAAGCAACAGCCACUCAUCCUUCCUUAAUGACACUGCCAUGGCUCUCCUCUGUAACUUCACUACCAAACCGCCCUCCGCAUACUCCACGUCAUUCGGCCGAUGGGUCGUUGAUGAUGCCAGAGAGAGAAAUACUGUCGUCACCAUCUUCAGAAUCGUCCAUGGGCAAGUACCCUACACUCCCAGCAAUGAUGCCACUGAGCAAGAUACAGACUCCAGCAUUUGCAGUUUCACAUUCGGGGAAGGCAGUUACUAAUGGAGAUUAUCAGCCUAGAAAAUUGUUCAAUGUACCUUCUCUGGUGGUGAAAGCUGAAGAUAUGCCAUCUCUUCCUUCCCAGACACCACAACCCGGAAAGGCACCGGUUCCUUCUCUCACAGCAGCAUCACCGCCUAGAAUUCUACCUACUUAUCCCGUUCUGACACCAAAAUGUGAAGCAGUUCAGUCCUCUGUUGUUUCUUAUUCUUCUUUGGUAACACAUCCCAAAACAUCAGACUCUGAACAAUUACCAAUACCCCCUAAGCUUCCUCCCCUAAUUCGACUGCCUCCAAUCACAGGCAAUUUUGCUAAUAAAAACCCUAAUAAACCAAAGCCUCUCUUGUCAUCCAGUGAUCUACUCUCAUCAAAAAUAGUACACGAACAAUCUUUUGAAAAGUCAACUCUCCACCAACCAGAAAACCAUCCUCGGAUUAAUUCUUCAUCCCGUGAUCAGACAGGUUCUGGUCCCAUUUAUAUACCACAUGGUUUAAGGGAUCCAGAUGGAAAUGUUAUAUAUAAACCAAGUAACCGUAGUAAAAAAACUUUGGAAUCGUCUAAUAUAAGCAACUCUGGUCUUUCAUCACCAAAAAGCUUGUCCAUGCCAAAUAUUUUACCAAAUUCAUCUUCCUCUGUUGGGUUGAAUGGUUCACCAAUGGUGCUUAUUCCAGCAUCAGUUGCUUUUGAAACCCUUGGUCAGCAAGUGCCUCCCCAAGUUUCUCACAUAGCCACAAAUCGUCCUCAUGUAAAAUCAAAUUCAAAUCCAUCAUUACCAGUACCAUCUGCGACACCUAAUGUUCCAGCAGCGCAGUACUACUGGAUCUUGUCACCAAAAGUGUCAAGUAACUCUGCAAGUGUUUCUGAAUCAAGUGUGGAACCUAGUCAUGACUUACCGGCGUCGCGCUCAUCAAGUGUGGCUGCAAAAUCUGUGGGAGCACCCUUAUCAGUGUCUUAUUCAAAUGGUAUGGAACCUGGUAUCAUGGCUCCACCACCAGUCUCUUCAUCUUCCUGUUUAGCAUCUCUCUUAAAAGCUGGUGUACCUUUAGUUCCUGUUUCGUCAACAGCAGUGCCGCCUUCACCUCAUAUUAUUCCUUCUACAUAUCUGUCUGCUGUAUCAGGUACUCCAAUGACCACCUCCAUAUGUAUCCCAGCUCCUAUCAUGUCUACGCCACCAAUCAUAGCUGACCCAAAACACUUUUCCAAACAAGGCGACGCUGCAAAAUGCAAGUCCUCGCGUCCAGGACCCAAAAGCUCAAAGAAACGCGCACCCGCUAAGUCAGUGGCAUCAUCAACAAUGGCUGGCAACGCUGGAACCUCAACUGGAUCACCUUUGGCGGGGGCGUGUACUCAACCAGCAUCAGGGAAGCACAGCAGUGACUCCACGCAACAUCAAUCAACUCCCUCAUCUUCCUGCAUUUUGGGGGUGACAAACAAUGAUUCAUUCAAGAUUAAUGACAUCAUCAAUACUGUUCUUGGUGAGAGUUCUACAGUUCGCUAUAUUAUGGACUCUGUCAGACAAGAUUGUGAUGCAACAUCUAAGACACCACGGAAGGUCUCAUCCAAGAAAAAUAUAAAAAAUCGGAAACAUUUGGAUGGUACAAUAAAAUCAACAGUUAAAAAGUUAAGAGUCAGUAAAAGUAAAGCAAGUGGUAAGUUGAAACUCCCCAAAAAAGGAUCUUCAAUUGCACUAAAAGUAACGAACUAUAAAUCCAGUGAGAAAGAUACAAGAACUGCCCAGAAUAGUACAAAAUAUAAGAAGUGUGCAGAAAAGGAGUUACCUACUAGUGCAAGCCUAAUAAUAUCAAGGACUGUGAUUACAAAUACCAGCAUUUUGAAAGAUGAGCAUGGUAAAGUACCUUCUUCGGGUGAUUUAAUGCUUCCAACACAGAGUUGUAGACAAGAAUCACCACGUUCACCUGCAAGAGUUGAAUAUGUUCCUGUGAUCUCUCGUGUAAAGCAGAGUGGACUAUUUACACCACCAUGUAUAGAUGACAGUCCUACAUCAGCUGGCAAAACUCACAAGAAAGGACAAGUAAAGUCUAGUGCAAAUUUAGGUAAAAAGUCUAAAUCUAAAAAACCAGUCAUGAACAAAUCUUUCACAGAAUCUAAUGGAUCAUGCAGCAAUAUGUCCCCUUUAAUUCCAAAGAAUCAAAAGAAAAAAUAUACAACUUCAAAAGGGGCCAAGGGACAAAUUAAAAAGAAUUGUCUAUCUGGUAAGACUUUGCAGGGUAAGAAGAACCUUUCAGAACCAGUAAAACUAGUAACCAAGAAAAAGAAAAAGCCUAUUUCUGUUCUUAGAAAUGUAAAUCUACACACUGGUGCAUCUGAUAUGAGAUCAACACACACAUACCAAGCUGAAUAUUCAGAUGGCAAGACAAAUGAGAGCAGAACAUUAUCUGCACAACCUGCUGGUGUGACAAGUAGGGCAUUAACUAUCUUGAAUUCAGAAGCUCCAAACAACAGUGUUAUUCUUAGCAGCUUGUUGACUCCAGCAACCAAGGUGUCUAUACAUAGCAAAAAUGGCACCAUCAUCUCGUCUUCUUCAAUGGAAGCAGAAAUCUCCCAUUUGAGCCCCAUAAUUCCAAUGGUAAAAGUCUCUUCACUGGUACCCUUCACUGGGCCUCACAAGGAUUCUUCUCUAACUCCACUACAACACAAUCAAGUUUUUAGUCGAGUUUGCUUAAAAACCUUAUCUGUGAGAGUGGAGAGGCUCACUCACAGGCACAUUAAGAGGGAGUUCCUAAAGAAGUACCGUAUAGGCAUAAAGUCAGGGAUUUUGCUGCGGCGGAGGCUGAGGAAUUUUGACAUUAAACGUUACCUGCGGUUACGUCCAAUGAAACCCCCACCAUUGCCGGCACCAGUCUCUGAUCAGCCAUCUCAAGAACCUGUAAAUGAACAACACAGUCUUCCUAUUAUAAGCCCUCUAAGUGCUCACCAAGUGCUGUGGCCAGCAUCCAGUGGAAUGACCCCAGACAAUUUUCCCUCUUCGUCAGAUGUUUAUACUCGGGCAGCUUUGGCUCCUCAUCCAGGAAAAUGUAAAUCACAAAAAGGGGCGCCACCUAAUCUUAAAUUCAUGGGGGAGCACAAAAACGCUGUGUUGAACAAUGGCUCUGGUCAGACUGCAAAGCGAGAUGGUGAACGAACAAGUGACAAAGUUAGUAAUGGAAUCAUAUCUUGUAAUAGAAAGCAACUUCUGGUGUUUCGUAAUGAGAGAUUAAGUCGUGGACAAAUAAGGCACCUUGCUUGGAUUGGUUUAGGUUUAGCAAAGAGAGUAUCAAGGAACUCUGAUUUGGAUUCACUAGAAGGAAGUCACAUUUUGAUGGAUCCUGGAAUGUUUGGGUUGAAGGGGAACUUUCGUCCUCCGCCUAGUUGGUCUCUGGUGCUCGAUUCUUAUGGCAGCAGAAUAGAGAAUAAUGUAGCUGUGAAACCACAUGUAAAACAGAGUCGCUCCACUAUGAAAGCCCAUACAACAUCAGGACAUUUGCAUAAUCCUAAAUCUAUUCAGCCUGCUCUUCCACAUGGUAUUGCAUUAUCUCAAUCUCAGAUGUAUACUACUAACACUUUGCCCUCAGGACAUAUCUAUUCAACUACUUUCAUGGCUCCAGGACAGCUUCAGACUGGGCAAGGGCAGUCCCAUUUUCUUGAAUCCAUUCCUAGUGCACAAGAUGGCAGUGCUUCUUUACCCUCAUUACAGGGUCAUACCCAACCAGUUGUCCUUCAAAGAAGGAUUUAUGCUCCCACUAUGAUUCCUCAAGGUCAUGUAUCUUCAUCAGCUGGUGUGCCACCAACAGCAUUAGUGCAGACAACAAAUUCUCCCUUGGGGGCAAGAAUUUUGAGUGUAGACCACACAGGCAGGGUUCGAGAGACAUUAAGUCAAGGCAUCCCUGCAGCAUACAGCAGAUAUCCAACAGCACAUAUACCUGACUGCUGGAACCCUCCUAGACCAAGUGGCCGUUCAUCGCCACCACCACCUCUUACCUUUAUGGGCGGAGGGGGUUUGAAUAGCAAUGUUAAAGCUGCUCGAAUAAUGCCGCCACCACCUCUAUCCUUCAUGGGACCAACUUCGGAUACUUCUUCAAAUCCAGCCUUGCAAUUGAGCUACUCACAAUCCAGCAUAAGACCAUCACCAAAUGUAGGGACUUGGACACAUGCUUUAGAUUUAAGCAUGCAGGGUUCUGCAUCUCGUAAUUAUGGUGUUAUUAACCAUACAAGGCAUGUUACAGAUAAACGACCACCACCCCCUCCGUACUCUACACAGGGACAUAUUGGACUCGAACAGCAACCAGCUAUGACAUACAGUGCAAAAGGACAACUUGUUAUGGACAAGCAACAGUCUCAAAUAGGAAAUACUGUACAAGGGCACUCAAUUCCUAACCAACACUUGUAUAAUGUGUCACAAACAAUACAGGGACAAAGGCCACCAGGUCUUUCCCAGUGUGUUCAAGGGCAACUGGUCAUGACCCAGAGAACAUCAAAUUUGUUACAAGAAGCGCACAGAAAAAUGACAUUAAAACACCAGCUGCCAAACACAACACAGUCUGAACAAAGGCCUGCACUAGUAAAUAAGCAACCACAAGCAGAUCAAGGGCCUUUUGUACUGAACAAACAAGCACAAAGCUGGCCAUUUAAUUCCCAUAAUCAGACUGAAAUAAAUCAGCAGGCAUCCUAUGCACUAAGUGGCAUCCAAAGAAGUACCACACUAAACCAGCAAGCACCAAGUUUACCCCACAGUUUACAGGGUCAAGUUGUGAUGGAGCAACAACCACCCAGUUUAACUCAUGGUUCCACGAGUCAAGUUGUGACAGAGCAGCGACCACGAAGCUUACCACAUAGUUCACAUAGUCAAAUAUUGGAGCACCGACCCCCAGUUUUGUCAUACAGUUCACAAGGACAAGUUUUGACGGAUCACCGACCACCAAGUUUGCCACAUAGUUCACCUAGUCAAGUAGUGACGGAGCAACGAUCACCAAGUUUGCCAUGCAGUUCACAAGGCCAAGUUGUCAUGGAGGAGCGACCACCAAGUUUGCCACACAGCUCACAGGGUCAAGUUGUGAUGGAACAGCUAUCACCAAAUUUGCCACAAAGUGUGCAAGGAUCUCCAGCUCCUAUCUUGGAAACUUCAGUGUUAUCACAAACAGGAACACCUGAUUUCAAUUGCAAUCAAAGUUCAGCAGUGAUCCAGUUGAACACCACACCCCAAGGUGAACAAGGCUCUUCCACUUUGAACAAGCAGCCAUCAGGUCUGCCACAAGGCAAACAAGGACUUUCUGUACUGUGUAAACAGGCACCAGGUGGGUCCUGUAAUUCCCAAGGUCAGGUAGAAAUGAACCAGCAGGCAUUACGUGUAUUAAAUGAAACCCAAAGAUCUGACACACUGAACCAACAACCACUAAGUCUGCCACAAAAUUCACAGGGUCAAGUCGUGAAGGAGAAACAAUCCACAAAUUUACCACACAGUUCACAGGGCAAAGUUAUGAUAGAACAACGACCACCAAGUUUGCCGUACAGUUCACAGGGUCAAAUUGUGAUAAAAGAACUACCACCAAGUUUGCCCCACAGUUCACAGGCUCAAGUCCUGAUAGAACAGCGACCACCAAGUAUACUGCAAAGUUCGCAGGGUCAAGUUGUGAUAAAAGAACUACCCCCAAGUUUGCCUCACAGUUCACAAGCUCGAGCUGUAAUAGAACAGCGACCACCCAGUAUACUGCAAAUUUCGCAGGGUCAGGUUGUGAUAAAAGAGCUACCACCAAGUUUGCCCCAUAGUUCACAGGCUCAAGUUGAGGUAGAACAGCGAGCACCAAGUUUUCUACACAAUUCGCAGGGUCAAGUUGUGAUAAAAGAGCUACCGCCAAGUUUACCACACAGUUCACAGAGUCAAGAUGUGAUACAAAAGCGACCACCAAGUGUGCAAGGGUCUCCAGUUCCUAGUCUGCAAACUCCAACAUCGUCACGUGCAGGUUCACCAGACUCAAAUCACAAUCGCAGUCCUGCAGAUAUUGGGUGGAGUGCAGAUGAACCAGAACAUUUGCAUCAUCACAAACCACGUGUUCCUGGCAUAAUGGCUGUGGUUGAGGCUCUGGUCUUGCAGCUCAUAGACAUUGGACUUCCAUCCUCUAUGAACAGUAUAACCAAGACUGUUGAGCAAUUAUUCCAGGCACGUGGAAUGCACAAGCCCUUUUGCUGUAAAACUGAGGCCAUGAAGUGGUACCAAGAUUUUCAUAAAACUCAUGUACAUCGACUGCCUACAGUAGAUGAAGUGAAAACUAGUCCAAUACCCACAGAUUAUGAAACACGAGAGUGGCUCAUAAACUUAAGAAGAGACAUGGUUAAAUUCUAUGGAGUGACACCACGUCGACUGUUUUAUAUGCAGGAACUUAAUUUCUUCCUGGACAAGCAAACGAGAGAAAUUAAAUAUCAUAGAAUGUUUCCUGGAAUGGUUCAGUGCUCAAAUGAAAAAGACACAGUGACCGUGUUAUUUGUAUUAGGUGCAGAUGGUCAGAUAGGACCUGGAAUGAUAAUCUUUCCUAGGAUGGUAAUGCCAGAAAAACUAUUUUCAUCUCUUAGAAAUACCGAGGGAGGAAAAGAGUGGGUAUUAGGGUCAUCAAUGAACGGCUGGCUCUACAGUGAUUGCAUCUCCGAAUUUGUCAGUGAUGUAUUUGUACCUUGGCUCAAGAAGAGAAAUGUUCACUUCCCUGUGGCUCUCUUCACAAAUGAAUGUCUGUCUAACAUACCAAUGAUGAAGAUGAGCGAGAGCUUCAUGGUUCAAGGAAUACAGUUGAUCACUGUUCCCAAAAUGAUGUCGUCAAUAUUGAGUCCCGCUGAAUGGAUUGUGGCAGACUAUUUCCGUACCAGUUGGGGAAAGGCUCUCUAUGAGUGGAGUGUUAGAAAUAAUUCUAAACCUCUUUUAGAAGAGAACUUCGCUCCAUUUAUGAUCAGUUGUCUCACUGCUCAGGCAACACCAGACAAGGUAAAUAGUCAAUUUAGGAAAUUUGGGAUUUGUCCAUUUGAUGCGCAAGCAAUGUUUCAGUGCCUGCGAAGCCAAAGUUACCAACAUUAAUGUGUUACAUAUAAAUAGCUUAUGAAGUAUUGCAGUUAGGUUUUAAGAAAUUUAGAUUCAAAGACUUCCAAUUGAGAUAAUGACCUUUUAACAAUCUCAGAUGAUCUGAGGAAUAUAUAAAAAGUGUGAGGCUCAAGGAUAUUCCUUGCUUAAUGAAAAACACUUGUAACACCUAACCAAUACUGUAUAUUGUAAUAAAUGCCAUAUUCUCCGUAAAGAGAGAAUAUUUAGUAAACUCAAAAUAAUUGUAUGCUUUAAAAAUCUUCUCAAGGAAUUUAGAUGUUCUCUGAGAAACUGUAUGAUAAACAGUAAUGCGCUUGUGUACUUAUGUUAAGAGAUUCUGGUAUAUUGCUUACUCUGCAUUUUUUCUGUACAAACAUGUAGCAUCUUUUGUUUAGUAAAAAUUAAACUUUCUCUGAGCCCACUUGCUA